UGGUGAUUUGUUCACGGAUUUGAUACUAUCCGAACCGCUCGUUGUUCAGUUUUUAACGGCGGCUCCUAUUUUCUCCCUCUCCAGUUGAAGCCUCGUCUGCCCAUACCACUUUAAAUGUAGGACCAGGACAAGAUGGCGGAUAUAUCUUUGCUCAAAGAGGAUUCACAGGAGGAGUUGGACGGAUUUGGUGUGGAUGACUACAGCUCAGAGUCUGACAUCAUUAUUAUACCUUCAGCCUUGGACUUUGUAUCGCAAGAUGAGAUGCUGACUCCUCUUGGAAGAUUGGAUAAAUACGUGGCUAGCGAAAACAUUUUUAACAGACAAAUGGUGGCACGAAGUUUGUUGGACACACUUAAAGCUGUAAAUGAGGAUGAGCAGGACUGUAUCACUGUCUUGGAGAGAGUGGGCCGACUGGCCGAUGACUCAGAGCCCACUGUAAGAGCAGAGCUAAUGGAGCAAGUUCCUCACAUCGCCAUUUUCUGUCAAGAGAACAGACCUUCCAUUCCGUUUGCCUUCUCUAAAUACUUGCUACCGAUCGUCGUGAGAUACCUGGCUGACCAGAACAACCAGGUCAGAAAGACCAGCCAGGCAGCCCUGCUGGUGCUGCUGGAGCAGGAGCUGAUUGAGAGGGGGGACAUUGAGACCCUGGUGUGCCCUGUCCUGGUGGACCUGACCGCCCCCGACAGCAACGACGACGUCAAGACUGAAGCCAUGGCUAUCAUCUGUAAGAUGGCCCCCAUGGUGGGCAAGGACAUCACCGAGCGCCUCUUCCUGCCCCGCUUCUGUGAGAUGUGUUGCGACUGCAGGAUGUUCCACGUACGCAAGGUUUGUGCCGCAAACUUUGGCGACAUUUGCAGUGUUGUCGGAGGAGAUGCGACAGAGGAACUCCUGCUGCCCCGCUUUUUCCAGCUUUGCUCGGACAACGUGUGGGGGGUGAGGAAGGCCUGUGCUGAGUGCUUCAUGACCGUUUCCUCGUCCACCUCGCAGGAAGUGCGCAGGACCAAGCUCUCCUCGCUCUUCAUCAGCCUCAUCAGUGACCCCUCCCGUUGGGUGCGUCAGGCUGCCUUCCAGUCACUGGGCCAGUUCAUCUCCACGUUCGCCAGCUCUAACAGUGUGGGCCAGUACUUCAGAGAGGGGGAGGUGGGCGAGUGUUACUGUGUCCACCCACAGAACAGUACUGAGGAGAAACCACGGAACCCAGACACUACAGACCCCUCCCUAAGGGCUAACACAGAGAAUUACUCUCAGGGGCAGGGGGAGGACUUGCCUGCAUGUACAAAUGGCAACCAAGAGGAGGGUUGUCCACAACAGGACUGCGUUUCGACAGGCCACCCGGGGAAGGGGGUGUUGUGCCGGACAGAGGAGGUAGGAGGAGUGGAUGUGGCAGAGGAGGGGGGUGGGGAGCAGGUGGCGGACGGUGGACCGUGCUGCGAGGAUGCCGACAUAGUUCCAGAGUGUCUCUGUAGCGAGAAGAGCAAGAAGGAGCCUUCCUCGCUAACCCCCGACUCCUCCGACACAGUAGGGGCUCGGGAGGAGGAGGAAGCCCCUUCAGGGGAUACUGAGAAUGAGCCACAGCCACCUGAGGAGCACACAACCUCUAUUGAGAAGGAUGACCCACCAGCAGACAUAUCUGAGCCUUCAUCUUUGUCUGAGCCAGUAGAGGAAUCACCCUCUGUCAGUCCUCAGGACAGUAUUCCUGAGCAGGAGCUCUACAACUCCUUCCACUUCUGGAGGAUGCCCAUCGCUGAGAUGGACCUGGACAUUGAGCUGCUCCAGAAUGGGGAAAGUUGCCAGCAAGAGUCCCCCAGUUAUGGCUCCUCCAAUCACGGCAAGGCUAAGGCCUCGGCACCCGUCCUGGACCGGAAACAGCUGGAAGAGUUGAUUGAAAACCUGGAGCCUCAUAUUGAUGACCCUGACGUGAAAGCACAAGUGGAAGUUCUGACGGCUGCUCUGAGAGCCACCACCAUGGACUCUCACCUAGAGGAUGCCUUUCUGGAGCCCCGGGACAGCAAGGGGGGGACACCACCACGACAACCCCUUUGGAGUGCACCAAAUGCCCCUCAUAGGAGACCACUCGGACAUGGAGGUGUGAGCCGAACCUCGACCCUGCAAAUGAGCCACGGUGAUGACUCUGAGUUGAGCGACAGCAGCUUCAGUCCAGAGGAUGAGAAGAAAUCCAAGCAUCAGGACGUGAUCCCCCAGGCCUUGCUGGACCAGUACCUGUCCAUGACAGACCCUUCCAGAGCCCAGACGGUGGACAUGGAGAUCGCCAAGCAUUGUGCCUACAGCCUGCCCGGUGUGGCCAUGACCCUGGGCAGACAGAACUGGCACUGCCUCCGGGAUACCUACGAGACCCUGGCCUCCGACAUGCAGUGGAAGGUGCGUCGGACGCUGGCCUUCUCCAUCCAUGAGCUGGCCCUGAUCCUGGGGGACCAGCUGACAGCAGCUGACCUGGUGCCCAUCUUCAACAGCUUCCUCAAGGACCUGGACGAGGUGCGGGUAGGGGUCCUCAAACACCUCUACGACUUCCUCAAGCUGCUGCACCAGGAGACGCGGCGUAAAUACCUGUACCAGCUCCAGGAGUUCCUGGUCACAGACAACAGCCGAAACUGGCGCUUCCGAUCAGAGCUGGCUGAACAGCUGGUGCUGCUACUGGAGUUGUACAGUGGUCAGGAUGUGUAUGACUACCUUCGUCCCCUGUCCUUCAGCCUGUGUACGGACCGAGUGUCCUCUGUACGCUGGACCUCCUACAAACUGGUGAGUGAGAUCAUUAGGAAGGUGGCGUCGUGCCAGGUGCUGCUGGCAGACUUCCUGAGUGAGCUGGUGGAGAAGUUCUGCCACUCCCAUAGGUGGUCGGGACGACAGGCCUUUACCUUCGUCUGUCAGCUGGUAAUUGAGGAUGACUGUGUGUCGUUGGAGCAGUUCUCGGAGCACUUGCUGGCCCCUCUGUUACAGCUGGCCUCUGACCCUGUGGCCAACGUCAGGGUGCUGCUGGCCAAGACCAUCCGCCAGAGCCUGAUGGAGAGAGAGUACUUCCUGCAUUCUGCCAACUCCCACCAGGAGGCGCUGGAGCAGACCCUGGUGGCUCUGCAGAUGGACCUGGACAAGGACGUCAAGUACUUUGCCAGCGUUCAUCCUGGGAGUACACGCAUCAGCGAGGACGCCAUGAGCACCACCUCCUCGACCUACUGAGCCCAGAGCACUCCCACCCAUCUCUAAACACACACACUCCAUCUGCUCUACUGAACUCAAGCCAGGUAGGGGCCGAGGGCUUGAUGUAAGCCCUCUUCUACGGGCACUUAGACUUCCAUACUUACAAACACAAGCGAAGGACCUGCGCAACAACACAAGUUGCCCAAUGCAGUGCAGCACAACUCGACUCACUACAACUUUUUUUUUUUUGUGGUUUGAUUAUAUAUUUUUUUGCCACAGAAGCCUUAAGUGUCUUCCUUAAAUGUGAAAAUACUUGAAUGUCCAGAUGGAUUUGGUGAAAAACAACGCGUGGAAAGAAACGCGCAGGAAACGGAGCUAUAAGGACCAUUUCUCCCCCUCGGCUCCUCUCGUUCUCCCACCAUAGAAUCCUCGCGACUUAGUGGAAAAGCCAGUAUCUCACAAGCUUUAUGGAAGCACAUAGCAGGAUGACUCUAUCCAACUCAAAAUGUUUAAACAAUGUUUCUGUAAUUGCUUUCCUCCUUUUUGAUACUGUAUCCUGCAUAUCAACAAAAAACAUCUGUACUAUCACAGCCUGGCAGUGGGGGAGCUGUCGGUGGGAAAUGCACAGUUUGGAAUACAGGGCUCCUGCCUCCAUUGUUUUAACUCUAGUGCAGCACAUUGUUGUACCCAUAGACAGAGGUCCACCCCCUGGCAUGCAGGGGGGGUCCUGUUGUCAAGGAAAAAUAACUAUUGUAUUUUUUAUUAAUUAUGGCUGUCUGUUUUGCAGUGUUUAAGCAAGCAGAGAUCCAAUUGUAAAAGGUCAGCACACACUCACUUGAAACGGGGUAUUUUAACCUGAGAAUAAAAUACUGCGACCCCCCCCCCCCCCCAAUUCUCCUUUUUGCUUUGUCCCUCUCCCUUAUACCCUACCUGUACAUAUCUCUAGUAACCUUUUUCCAUUUUGAUCAUGAAUAGAAUUGUGAUACAAUUUUGUUCUGUUUUACCUUUCUCAACAUGAAAUUAAAUAAAAAGCAGGCACUAAAACUUGUAGAUGUAUUUGGUUUGUGUGUAGAGGGAUGGGGACUGAGGCUCUGGAACAGAUUUCUCAUGCCUUAAAGGGGAAUUUCACUCAAACUAUCUUUUAGUAUGUGUUUCAUUAGUCCACUGUUGAUACAGUCCCAAAAUGAUUGCUGACAUGCAAAACAAGAUAUUGGGACAUUUUAAGAAGAAAUCAUCAUGGUGAUGUGGCUGGAGACACUUCUUAAAAGAACCAAUAUCUUGACUGCUGACAUGCAAAACAUUUGAGUAAUAUUCAUUUUUAAGGCUAAAGAGGAUUUUUGUGCACAACCGGUGCCAUGCCUUGGCUGGGAUUCAAUCAGAUCGUGGAUUAUAGGCAUUGCGUUUUUUUUUUAAAGGCAAUGUUCGUGGAGAUCCCAUUUACGGUAAAUGCUGCAUAUGUCGGCUCAAUCGGAAAUAGCCUUAAAGCUACAAUGCCUAUAACCCGCAAUUGGAUUGAAUCCCGACACUUGUCAAACUAUGGUUACAGAAAUAGGGUCUCAAUUCCAAUCUGUAUGCUGGAGUUGCAUGUUAUAAAGUAGUACAUUUUGAAAUUAAGGGCAUUUCAGAUUGAGCUGACCAUAUGCAGUCGCUGCGGGAACGUUGCCUUUUAAAUUUAUAUUGUGCUCCAGCGUGGAUCUUCAGCACUACAGAUUGAAUUGAGCCCUAGCUCUUUAUUUUAAAGCAUCAAUCAUCUACACCUGUUUAAAAAUGUGGGCACAUUCUGAAUGUGGAGAAGAUCAGGACAAAGGACUCAUGUUAGAAACAGGCCUUAACACAACCCACCACUGUCAUGUCCAUCAACCAGUUUCCUUUGGCUAUCAGAGAUUUGCCUAAACCAAACCCUAAUUCCUCAUGUCUAUCAUAAAAUGCCGCUCUGUUUUUACAACCGUCACAAUGGCACCGUUGUUCAAUGCUGCAACAAGGAUUUCUGCCUGCCCUGCACGCAUCCCUGAUCAUCGACUAUAGGUUUGGCAGGCCCUCCAUGCCAGGAGAACAGAUGUGUCACAUGACCAGAGCCAUCCUCCUGAGAAAUUGGAGAAAGGCUUCUUUGUGAGGCCUGGGAUUUUCCAGACUACCCGGCAACACUUGUUUCCCGCCAGCUGGGCACUGCUCAUCGGCUAUGUGAGCCGGCAACAUGCCCUUCUCGCGCCUCCCCUUUCUUUCCUCUUCUCACUUUGGGAGAAGUGGACCAUCUGAUUGGGACACCUGGGGUUAUGUGGUGAACGGGUUUAGAACACCCAGGAUGACAAGGAACUGUUAGGGAAGAUUGCUCCUUGUAGGAAUCGAAUGCUCCUGUGAGAACUUAUGUAGAAAUGUAAAUGUUUAUCAUUCACUAUAUUGCACAUAAAAUAUAUAUUUUACUUUU